GUUUAGCGCUGUUGGUUGCUACAACCUUGCGACAACUUGCAACUAGUUUGUGCUCGAGCGUUAAAUCGCGCGCAUCUAAGCAAGAGUAGGCACGCAAAAAACAAGUUUGAGUUUUCAACAACAAGAAAUUCGAGAAAAAAGCAACAACAAAAACACACACACGCUCUCACAUAAAACUCCAAUUGGACUAACUUGAUUCGGGCUAAGUGGCGUUGAAAAGAAUCAAAUUGGAUUUACUAAGAACAGCAGACUUCCUAUGAGAAUCUUUUGCACCUUUAGAGAAACAGAAAAAACAUACCGGAAGUUAAACUUAAAGUGAGCCUUAGAAAAAAUAACGUAAUUUUGAAUACAUCUCAACGAUUGAUAUAAAUUUUAUUGGCAACAAAACGAAAAAAAAAAAUACAAACAACAACAAAAGCCGUCGGUUUAAAAUUCACUCUAAAAAGAAAAAAAUCGUUUUUAAAUACUAAACGUGUAAUUGUUGUUUAAAUUAAUUUAAUUACAAAAUCCUUGACCUUGUCAUGUCUUAAAAAAAUAAAACUUUUAGAAAAAAAGAACGCCAAAAACGUGCUACAUACCUUCGUUAUUUAUACACGUUCCUACCAUUAGGAUUGACCUUUUAAACGUCAAACAAGUGUCAAGUUAUUAAAAUAAUUUACAUUUACGUUGUCUGCCGUUGCCGUACUUGUUGUCGUCUGUAGCGUCUUAAUCUGUUUUUACAUACAUAUUUAUCAUUUUCUCUCGCUAUCUCUCUCUCUUCUUCCCUACAUACAUAAUUAUUGUUGAAAAAUUGCAAAAACAAAUUAAAUUUUAAUGUCAACGUUUUUUUUCCAUUUGUUUAUUUCACAUUCUGGUCAAAUGUUUAUGCAAAACAUUUAUUAUGUCAAUUUAAAGUGACAGUUUUAUUUUACUACAAUAAAUAAUAUAUAAAAAAAGAACAACAAAAGAAAAAUCAACCAUAAUAAAAAGUGUCAAAGUUUUUAACCCAAAAAUUAUAAAAGUUCUUUAAAAAUUAUAAUAUUUGAGAGUAAAGAAAUAUAAAAAAAUACAUUGCACUUAUCCCCCCAACAAUAUGUACUUUGUGAAUAUUUAAAAAAAUAUACAGUGUUGCCAUUUUAAAGGAAAAAAACUGAAAAGAAAAAUAUGGCAUCCUAUCAAAUUGAUUGUGGAUAUCCGACGGCAAAUCAGUUUUUAACAUCCAGUCAUCUGCUCUCAAGCGGUCAUCCAAAUGUACAAUCACCUUUAGCGGCCACAACACUUACCUCGACUUCUUCAUCUAUCAGCCCCUCACCCGCUGCUGGAGCUGAUAAUAGUGUAACUAGUAGUAAUAGUGACAGUUCAGCGGGUACUCUAACACCGGAUGCAGUCUCACAAACCUCUGCCUUAGGUAGUACAACAACCUCAACGGCUGCCUGUAGUUCAGUGGAGAAUCCUUCCAAUCCAUAUCCCUUGACUGCCACUGCUACCGCUAUAUCAUCCAAUUGUUGUGACAAUGGGCGACCCAUGGUUACAGAUCCCAUUACGGGACAAACUAUAUGUUCUUGUCAAUAUGAUGCUAAUAAUUCAACAAGACUGUCUACAUUGGGUUCCUAUUCACGAUUGUCAUCGGCUACACCGGUGGCGGGUGUUGGUAUGAGUGUAUUUGGUUCAACAUAUCCAUCGAAUGAUCAAAAUCCCUAUCCGAGUAUAGCUGUUGAAAGUGCUACGCCGUUCUACACAAGUUUGACAACCCCCUAUGCCUUAAAAGAUACUGCAAGCAGUGCGGCCGCCUGGACUACGACGCCGUUGCAGCCAUCGAGUUAUUAUACGUAUGAUCCAACAUUUGGUGCGUGCGGUUAUGGCGCCAGUUAUGAUUUAGCAUCACGUCGCAAAAAUGCUACACGAGAAUCGACGGCAACACUGAAGGCCUGGCUAAAUGAACAUAUGAAAAAUCCAUAUCCAACCAAAGGCGAGAAGAUCAUGCUGGCAAUAAUCACUAAAAUGACUCUGACGCAGGUCUCCACAUGGUUCGCCAAUGCUCGCAGACGUUUGAAAAAAGAAAACAAAAUGACAUGGGAACCCAAGAAUCGUACGGAAGAUGAAGAUGCUCUGGGCUCAGAUGACGAGAAAGAACAUGAGGAUGAUGCUAGAAUACGUUCGACAUCAAGUACAAGUGUAGCUGCAUCUGCAUCUGCUGCACCGCUACAGACGCCAGUAAUGCCAACGCUUAAACGUGUCGAAUACGAAACGCAUUUAAGUGCAACAGGUGGUAAUGGCGCUAUAGGCCUUAACAACAAUGUGGCAAACAGUGGUGGUGGUGGUGCUGUUAGUAGUGCUGGUGCAUUAACUGGCGUGGGUGUUGCAACAGAUCUCACUGGAAAUCAUCAUCAUCAUAGUAUUACAGGAUUAAGCACGCAAGUGAAAGAUCCCUACCAUCUGGCUUUACCUCAAAACUUGCAACAAUAUUCAACAAAUUUCUAUUAUACCAAUGCCGCUGCUGCAGCAGCUGUCAAUCAACAAUAUUCACAUACACAGCAUGCAGCAGCAACUGCAACAACACUAUCACCAACAAUGAGACCUCAGAUCAGUUACGACACAUCUCUAUUAAUGCAUCCUCAACAUCACUUGUUGUCAACAUCCUCCUCAUCAUCGUCAUCAGCAGCAGCAGCAACAUCAGCUGCUGGUUACACUGUGGAACGCCGAUAGCACCAAAUGUAGUUUAAUUUAAUUUUUAUACAAACAAGUUUUCAUUAAUAUGAAAAACAGAAACAAUUUUUAAAGAUUGCAAAAAAUGAAAUAUUACUUUUUUAAUUUAAAUAUUUAUAACAAAAAACAAAAGAACUUUUUCAACUGUUGUAAACGUAAAAAAAAACCUAAAAAAUAUUCUCUAACUGGGCACAAGUGCAAAAUGAAAAAAAGAAAUAUCAUAAGAACCAAAUAUUGUGUUGUAUUGUCUAUAGUAUUAUUUUUUAUUAUUAAGUAUUAUUAUUUAAUAUUAUUUGUUUAUUAUUUAGUAAAACAAAAACUAUAUAUGUAAAACCUAUUGUAUUUGUUAUAAUAGAAUUUUGUUUACGGUUUCAUUUUGUAGAACAUACCCUACAACUAAAAUGGUGGCAUUUUAAAUUUAAGCAAAAAACAUAUUCCUGUGAUCUAAACGAUUUUACAUUUAAUUAACCGAAAAAUUUGCUUUGUCAUUUAUUGAAAAUUUCUGACAACUUAAAAAGUUAGGUUAGGAUGCGCACUCCCGGGUCUGUUGUUAUACCCUACACCACUUUAGUGGGGAGGGUAUAUUGGGUUUGUGCUGAUUUUGUAACAUACAAAAAUGUCCGUCCGUCCGUCUGUCUGGCUGGCUGUCUAUGUAAACCUUGUGCGCA